AAGAAAAUGAUGAUACCAAAUGAAGUGGUCCUGUCUGUUUAUAUCAUUACCUUAUUCACUGGAUUUCCUCUCAACCUCAUUGCACUUUAUACCUUUUCAUCCAAAGUGUACAGAAAGCCUGCUCCAAUUGACAUCUUCCUCCUCAAUCUCACUGUGUCUGAUUUGGUGUUUCUGCUGUUUCUUCCUUUAAAGAUUUAUGAAGCAUACAGUCAGAUGAAAUGGUACCUUCCUUAUUUCCUGUGUCCCAUAACUGGCUUUGUGUUCUUCAGCACCAUUUAUAUCAGUACAUUGUUCCUCACGGCAGUAAGUGUGGAGAGAUACCUUGGAGUUGCUUUCCCUAUCAGAUACAAGGUCAACAGGAAGUGUAUAUAUGCUGUUUUAGCAUGUAUUUUCUUCUGGAUGAUUUCCACUGCUCAAUGUAGUAUUGUAUACAUAGUCCAGUUUAUGAAAACAAACAAGAACCAAACCAAUGACACAAGAUGCUAUGACGACUUUACAAGUGAUCAACUUCGUAUUCUCCUGCCAGUGCGCUUUUCAUUAGGAAUAUCACUAUUCUUUGUCCCACUUCUGAUAACCUUGUUCUGUUACAUAAAUUUUAUCAGGAUAUUAAACUCUCUACCUCAUAUACGUAAAAGCAAACAGCAGAGAGCCAUUGCGAUGGCUGUGGUUACUCUCAUUGUUUACAUUGUCUGUUUCCUGCCGUACAACAUAUCGCACAUAGUUGGAUUUAUUCAAAAUGAAAGUCCAUCUUGGAGAGUGGAAGCUCUACUGCCCAGUGCAUUCAAUGCCAGUCUGGAUCCUAUUAUCUUUUACUUCUCAUCAUCAGCGGUGAAGAAAAACUGUAUCACUUUUCUCACUAGAGUUACAAAGAAGCUGGGUAUGAGCUGCAGCAGGCUGGUGCAAAAAUCAUAUGAGAAUAACGAUUGUGAUGAACAGACUUCAUCAUGA